AUGUUUCCAAUAAUAAACCCUAGUUCCAUUAUAACUCCACCUCAAUUCUCAUAUCCUCAUCCAAACACAACCUCUAUUCGCUGCACUGCUGCCGCCGUUGACCCACCAGUGGGCCCAUUGUCUUCUCCCGGCGCCGGCAGAGUUUCCGAAGGCACAGAGCCAAAUGUGAGUAACGGAAAAAAUAAGAAAAUUAAUGGGUGGGGAAGGCGUUGGUCGCGGAACAGAGAGAGUUACUUGGCUGAUGAUGCUGAACCUCUUCCUCUUCCUAUGACUUAUCCUCACACUUCUCCUGUUUCCCCUGACGAGAUUGAUCGCCGCCUUCGUUGUGAUCCCCAAAUACAGGAUUGCAAGGAAGUCGUCUAUGAGUGGACUGGGAAAUGUCGGAGUUGCCAAGGAACAGGAUUUGUAAGUUACUACAACAAACGAGGGAAGGAGACCAUUUGUAAAUGCAUACCUUGCCUUGGAAUUGGUUAUGUGCAGAAGAUAACAGCACGCAAGGAUAUCGAUGUUAUGGAGGACUUGGAUAAUGGAAAACCACCUUGACAGAAGUAAAUCAUCUGAUGCACUUUUUUGUCUAACCUUAGCAGACAUUGAUGAUAGUUUUGAAGAGGCUUGUUUACUACGGAAUCCUAGUAUUCUUUAAGGUCCAACACAGUUGCCAGACCGACAUAAUUUCUGGAGUCAGAUAAAAGGGAGACCCCCCACCCCCAAUACUUUAUUCAUAAUGCGAGCAAGAAAUUCUUGAAGAUCAAGGCCAGCAUUCUGGGCAGAAUGAUGAUUACAUUCCUAGUUCUAUAAGCAAAUGAUAUUAUUUCACUUCUUUCCUUGAUUAUUUUGAUUAUUUCAUAUUCUUAUAGAUUGACUCUGACCUCUUGGUUGUUAAUAAAUCAUUGAUGAAUGAAA